AUAUUGAUAAAAUGGAGAAAGCUGAAAUUCUGGAGAAGACCUUAGAGGUCCUCACGCGGUUACGCCAUGAAAACCCCAAAAUCAGCCACACAGCUUCAACUCAUAAAGCCAUGGCUAUUCGAUAUGCAUCAGGAUUUAGUCUGUGUGCAGAGGAAUCAAUCAGGUACAUCCAGAACUCUCGCCUUGUUCCCAGUGAAGUCAAAGUGCAUCUUCAGAACCACCUGAGAGCCAUAGCAAGAAGAGUUGAGUCAACUAUGCAGAUAGAUAGACAGACAGAUUUGAACCCAGCGCAGUGUUUUUCUGCUUCAUCUUCUACAAUAUCAUCACCAUCUUUGGGUAAAGUGACAGCUCGAGAAAUAAUAAGUUCAUCAGCAGAUAAUUUGUUGGGUUUAGGGCCAGUUUCAGGACAAUUUUCUGGUGAGGUUUCAGAAGGCAGUGAUUGUUACAUACACUCCCCAGUUCUUUACUCAACACAGGGCAGCAAUUGUUUACUAACUUCACCAGUCUGUUACUCCACGCCAAUAUCUUAUUCCCAUCUACCGUUCAUCAAAUCAGAUGCUCAGCUACAAAAAGAUGGUCACAAACUCUUGAACUAUUCUUCAGAAGCAUAUACAUGUAGCAUUGUUGAUCAGAGGAAGAAAUCUGCACGAGGUCGGGCUGCUCAGACACCUGGCCAGCCCACCCAAAUAAAACCAGUCAAGCAAACAUUAUCAUUAAGCAGUGACUCUCAAUUUGAUAAGUCAGAAGGCUACUGCUCCGACUUUUCUCAGUCAAAACACUACUAUCUUUCUCCAUACUCUUCAUUAAGUUCUUCAUGUUUAAUUUCCAGUUAUUACAGUGAUGCAUCGUUUACUGAUUCUCCACCUUUGAUGGCAAACUCUUCUGUCCUUCCCAACACACCUAUACUCCCAGACCGAACUGUCUACCCACACCACAGAUUCGAACCCCACAUCACCACACCUAACAUCCUUGGUGAGUCCACACAAGUGAACAGCAGUCUUCUGUUAACCCCUGCUAUAAAAGAGUUCCCCCGGUCAAAUAAUGUCCUUGACCUCUGUGUUAAACGAACAGACGAGCAGCAGAUUUCUCAAGAGGCCAUGUGGAGACCCUGGUAA